AUGGCAAGCGCGUUGCAGUUUCAAGGGCUUCAAGGGACCCUUUCUGUGAGGAGGAGCAUGCUUCAUUGCAAGCCCCAAAUAGGGUUUGCAUCAUUUGGUGCUCCUGUUUGUGCGAGAAGAGUUUGGGGCAAUAGGGUGGCAUUCAGUGUCACGUGUAAGGCCUCAGCAAGUGAUGUGAUUGAGAAGAAUGUAACUGAGUAUGAGAAGGUGAGUUGUGAGGGUGAAACUAGUUUCACUUGUGUCAUGAAGUUUGGUGGCUCCUCAGUGGCUUCUGCUGAGAGGAUGAAAGAGGUGGCUGCGCUUAUAUUGAGUUUCCCAGAAGAGAGACCUAUAGUUGUUCUCUCUGCUAUGGGAAAGACAACAAACAAGCUUUUGCUGGCUGGAGAGAAAGCUGUGAGUUGUGGUGUUACUAACGUGUCAAGUAUUGAGGAGCUCAGUUUUAUAAGAGACCUGCAUCAUAGGACUGUGGAUCAGCUUGGAGUAGAUAGAUCUGUUAUUGCAAAGCAUCUAGAAGAGUUGGAGCAACUUCUAAAGGGAAUAGCUAUGAUGAAAGAGUUGACUAAAAGGACUCAGGAUUAUUUAGUUUCCUUUGGAGAAUGCAUGUCAACUAGGAUCUUUGCUGCAUAUCUGAAUAAAAUAGGUGUCAAGGCCCGCCAGUACGAUGCAUUUGAGAUAGGUUUUAUAACAACUGAUGAUUUCACAAAUGCGGACAUUUUGGAAGCAACUUAUCCAGCAGUUGCAAAAAGAUUGCAUGGUGAUUGGCUCUCUGAUCCUGCAAUUGCAAUUGUUACAGGCUUCCUUGGAAAGGCCCGGAAAUCAUGUGCAGUGACAACACUGGGAAGAGGGGGCAGUGAUUUGACAGCUACAGCAAUUGGAAAAGCACUAGGGUUGCCUGAGAUCCAGGUUUGGAAGGAUGUUGAUGGUGUCCUAACUUGUGAUCCAAAUAUAUACCCAAAAGCGGAACCUGUUCCUUUUUUGACAUUUGACGAGGCUGCUGAACUAGCUUACUUUGGUGCUCAGGUUCUGCAUCCACAGUCUAUGAGGCCUGCAAGAGAAAGUGAUAUUCCUGUUAGGGUUAAAAAUUCUUACAACCCUAAAGCUCCAGGUACUCUCAUUACCAAGGCAAGAGAUAUGAGCAAGGCAGUAUUAACAAGCAUUGUUUUGAAACGUAAUGUGACCAUGUUGGAUAUAGUGAGUACUCGCAUGCUUGGUCAGUAUGGUUUCCUUGCCAAGGUAUUUUCAAUCUUUGAAGAUUUAGGCAUAUCAGUUGAUGUUGUAGCUACAAGUGAAGUCAGUGUUUCCUUGACACUGGAUCCAUCAAAGCUAUGGAGCAGAGAGCUAAUUCAGCAGGCAAGUGAACUUGACCACGUUGUCGAGGAACUAGAGAAAAUUGCUGUGGUGAAUCUCCUACAGAGUAGAUCAAUAAUCUCUCUGAUUGGAAAUGUUCAGAGGUCAUCACUAAUAUUGGAGAAGGCUUUUAGUGUUCUUCGAACUCUUGGAGUCACUGUGCAGAUGAUCUCUCAGGGUGCAUCUAAGGUGAACAUCUCAUUGGUUGUAAAUGACAGUGAAGCAGAGCAGUGUGUGAGAGCUCUCCACUCAGUCUUCUUUGAGAGCAAGUUCUCAGAGUUAGAGUCUUAG